AUGCAAAAACUGACUGUUAAACUUUUAAACAAGGCUUCCUCAUCCAUCAACGGCAGUUAUCUUCAACAGGUGUUGGCACAAAAUUCAUGCCGUCAUCUAUCCCAAAGAGCAGCCUUUUCUACAUCAAUAAUUAAAAGAGAAGAUGUUGUAGUUGAAUCACAGGACUCAAAUGCCUCUUUCAGAAAACCUGCAUGGGAAAAUAACAUCACAACAGCCACCCUCUUCGAAGAAAAUCCUGCCAUUGAAGAAGGUAUUGUCGUUUCUCAAGGUUUAUACGGAGAACAAGCAGCUAAGUUGGAAAGAGACAGCAGAAACCAAAUUCAAAAGAAGUUUGAACAAUUUAUUGGUGAAAUCGGACAACAAAUUGAUGAAGUUAAAUUGUUACUUAAACAAAAAGAAUUAGAAACACGUUCUAUGGAUAUUGCAAAGGCUAGGUAUAGAAAAGAUUUAAAAUCAGCCACAUCAAGAAAUCAAAGUGCUUGCCUUCCACCAGCAAAGAAAAUAAUGUUGGAAUGGUAUGAACCAUUAACAAAAAUUAUUCGAGAAAAACAAGAUGAAGUUAAUUUCUCUUGUUCUAAAAAGAAAUCAUCAUCAACCAAUACUACAACCACCACUUCCCAAGACAAUUUUGCCAUUCCUCUCUACCUAACCUCCAUUUCAGCUGAAAAACUCGCCAUUAUCACUCUCCAUGAACUUUUGGCAUCAUGUCUCAAAGAAAGAGGUGGAUCACCAGUUUCUUCAAUUUCCUAUCAAAUUGGUGACGCUAUCCAAGCAGAAAUUAACGUUGAAAAGUUGAAGAGGACAAACUAUUUUAAACUCAUCAUUAAGAAUCAAAUGAUUUACCACAAUAUUAACAAAAUCUCCAAAUUGAAAUUGAAUGAAUACGUUACAUUCACAAAGGAAGAGCUCGUACAAUUGGGCUCGUAUUUAAUUCAACUUGCUCUCUCCACUGCCCACGUACCUCUUAUCUCAAAUCCAAAAGAAACAGUUCCUGCCUUCAUUCACAGAAAUAUUACCAGAAAUUCCAAGAUUAUUGGUGUAGUUGAACCAGAUGAUAAUUUACUUCAUUUAAUUGGUAGAGAACACGUCGCUCAAGAAAUAUUAUAUCCAAAUCAUUUGCCAAUGUUGGUUCCUCCAAAUCCAUGGACAAGUUCUACCGCUGGUGGUUACAUCGCUCUUAAAGUUUUAAUAAUGAGAACAAGAGGUUCUCACUUACAGGCCUAUACACUAAAGUCUGCCGAAUUGAACGAUCUUUUAUCUGGUUUAAAUACACUCAAUGAAACUAGAUGGAGAAUCAAUCCAACAGUAUAUGAAACAGUUCUUAAAGUUUGGAAUUCAGGAGGUGGAUUGGGAGAAUUGCCAUCAAGAUUUGACGAUACUCUUCCAGAAGAACCAGAAACUGAUGAUCCAGAAAUUAAGAAAAAAUGGAAACGUACAGUAGAAAAGAUUAAGACUCACAAUAGAAACUUACACUCUCUCAGAUGUGACAUGCUUCUCAAACUUAAAGUUGCUGAAGAUUUCAAGGAUAACACUUUCUAUUUCCCACACAACAUCGAUUUUAGAGGAAGAGCUUAUCCAAUCCCUCCUCAUUUGAACCAUCUUGGUGCUGAUAUCAACAGAGGUUUACUCACUUUUGAAAAGGGAAUGCCAAUUGGUAAGAGGGGUAUCUUUUGGCUCAAGAUUCACUUGGCAAACUUGUACGGAAAAGACAAAUUACCAUUCGAUGAAAGAGUUCAAUUUGUUGAUGAAUAUAUUAAUGAAAUUAUUGAUUCUGCCGAUCAACCUUUAGAAGGAAACAGAUGGUGGUUGAAAUCUGAAAAUCCAUGGCAAACAUUGGCAGCUUGUGUCGAACUUGCUGAGUGUUUGCGCUCUCCAAACCCAGAAGAAUUCUUAUCACAUCUCCCAAUUCAAAUGGAUGGUUCAUGUAAUGGUUUACAGCAUUAUGCUGCCCUUGGUAGAGAUAACCUUGGUGCUUUGCAUGUGAACUUGUUACCAACCUCUAAGCCUAUGGACGUCUAUGUUGGUGUAUUGGAAGUUGUAAAGAAACAUAUUGAAAGAGAUAUGAAGGCAGGAAACAAACUUGCUAAACUUUUGCAUGGUAAUGUUUACAGGUCUACAAUUAAGCAAACUGUCAUGACCAGUGUGUAUGGUGUGACAUUUGUCGGAGCUAGAGAACAAAUUCAAAAACGUCUUAAGGAAAAGAAGGAAGUUCCAGAAGAUGAUGUAUUUGCCUGUGCCUCAUACCUUGCUUCUAUUACACUUAAAUCACUUGGUGAAGUUUUUAGUAGUGCUCAAAAUAUUAUGGAAUGGCUCAAUGAUUGUGCUCUUUUAAUAUCCUCAUCAGAUACACCUGUAAGCUGGAUUACACCUUUGGGUUUACCUGUCAUUCAACCAUACAGAUCUAAACGAUCAAAGAUUGUGAAGACGGUUAUGCAAAGCAUUACUCUUGCCGAUUCAUCUGAUAAACUUCCAGUAAGCAGAACCAGACAAAAAUCCGCAUUCCCACCUAACUAUGUUCACUCCCUUGAUUCAUCCCACAUGUUUAUGACUGCUAGUGCAUGUCAAAAAGAAGGAAUUGAAUUUGCUGCUGUUCACGACUCUUUCUGGUGUAAUGCUGGUAACGUUGACAGAAUGAACACAAUUAUCAGAGAACAAUUCAUCAAUCUCCAUUCUCAACCUUUGCUUGAAGAAUUGAAUGCUACCUUUACUAAUUUAUAUCCACAAAUCCAAUUCCCACCUCUUCCAAAGAAGGGAUCUUUAGAUUUAACUCGAGUUUUAGAUGCCCCAUAUUUCUUCGAUUAACAAGUUUCUUCUAAUAAAUCAUACCACCUUUUCGAUUU